AGUAGGAGAUCACUUUUGUCAGUCCCGCCGCCCAAACAUGCAUUUUCUUCUCUUUUCAAAGAGCACCACACUACACUCUGUAGCACACCAUGAGAGAAAGUUUGAGAGUGGAAGUCUGACUGUUGAAGGCAAAGCCCAACGAUGGACGACAACAGCGAUCACAACGGAAUACCAGCAGCAAUCCAUGUAGAUGACUGGAACGAUGAUGACGCAGCGGAGGUAUCCUCUCAUUUGAUGAUGGAGGACGAAGAACCGUUCAUCCAAGACCUGAUCUUGGACCUCGGAGAGGAUAUUAUGUUUGAGAGCCUUCGUGAUUCUCGAUUGACCCAUUUGGAAUUGGAGGAUGGUUGCUGCAGCGAUUGGUUUCUCAGAGGUAUUCGAGAGCGAGUAGAGGAGUUCUUUCAAGCCAUGCGACAAAACACUUCUGUCCAUCAAGUUUCCGUCUCGGGGGAGUUUCUCAAAGAGAUGACAACACUGUGGGAGGAGUCUGCUGCAGCAAGCCACCACCAAGCCGACAAUGAUGAAGAUGUUGCCGUCUCGUUUGAUUGGAUGCUUCUAGAUGCCAUCAGUCAAUUGCCUGCGCUCAAGACUCUGAUUGUUCAAGAAGUCAUUGACUUUGAUGGCUACCGAAUGCCGGUGGACUAUCUUCAGCACGUUCUGCACCAAGCCAAGCGAUUGGAGACGUUGACGUUGCGAUUUGUCGAGCUGGCAAAUCCCUCAGAGCAAGACGACCUGGAUGCCAGUCUGACCUAUCUGCUGCCGCAUCGAGAAGAUGAAAAUACAGUCGCCAAUCGGACCCUAUUUCAAGCCUUUCGGAAUCAUGCAGCCUUGCGAGCACUUACUCUUACACAAUUGAGGCUGGAAGAAGGGAUAUCACUCAAUUCUCUCAUUCGAGGUAUUGCAACAAUCCCCAAUCUACAAACUGUUAAACUUCACAUGUCUGUACAACGACAACAGGAAAGGAGACAUAUACGCGUAUUGGACGAUAAUAACGACGAGAACAACACCAACAACAAUAGACACAGCGCCCAGCACACGGCAUCCUUGAAACCACUUGCACAACAGUGUGAAUCGUUGCAGGUACUUGAACUCUCGAGUCUAUGUAUGCGAGACGAAGCCGAGUUCUUACAAGCACUGCAAAGACACAAGUCCUUGAAAACUCUAUCCUUGGCUCACGCCGAACUGUCCUUUAGUGGUUGGGCGGCACUGGCACACAUGAUGCAAACUCAGAGACACGAACUCCAUCUCGAGAGUCUCCACUUGGACCAUAUGUCAGGAUUGGACAAUGACACCCUAAAACUUUGUUCGGGAGCGCUCGGAGGUGGAACUGCGUCGUCGUCACUCAGAGACCUUCGGCUGUUGAAUGUCAUGGAUAUGGGCCGCGUUGGUUGGAAGGCCAUUGCCGAUAUGAUUGCCUCCAAUCAAUCACUCCAGUCAUUAUCGCUGGAAAAUUGUCAAGGAAUGGACGAUGAUGCCGUCACCGGGAUUGUCAAUGCUCUGCAACACAACACGACACUGCGAAAACUGGAAUUGCAGGUGUUUGCGGGGCAUUGCACUCGAUUCAGUCAAAAGGUCGGACAAAAGGCAUUCGUAGAGCUGCUACGGUCGGGACGCAACAUCACCUUGGUGAAUCUGUAUACACAAGCCAGCGGGGAUCUCGAAGCACAGUUGGAGUGUUAUUUGAACCUCAACAGAACAGGGUUGAGACCUUUCGUGCUGCAAAAGGAGUUGCCACCGAACGCGGGGGCUUCUGACUUUUGGAACUUGCUUCAGCAAUACAACAAUGAUCUGGACAUAUUAUUUUAUGUGUUGACGACCAAUCCUCCCUUUGUGAUUUCGUGUCUUCGGGGAUUGUGAUCUGUUCGGACGGUACACAGGCGCCAGCUACGGUAGCUCUACAGUAUGCCCAGUUGGCCGAGAAGCCACUUUGGGAAUUAUCGGGACUGGGACCAAAUUGGAGUUCCAAGAUGGUGUUGCUGGGGCACCCGUUGCUUCUAACAAACAGCAUAAGAAAAAACAAUUCACAAUAUGAUGUGAAUAGUACACUUAGAUAUAAAAACUAUUAAUCAAUGUGUGAAACUG